AUGUCUGCUCAAAAGAGUGUGAAGUCGAGUCGUAACCAUCUCAAACUGGAAGAGAUUUGUCUGCAUGGAAAUGGAGGUGCUGUACCAGACCCCGUGAAGCUUUCUCAAUUGAGGCUAGGCCUUGGUGAGAAAUUAGAUUAUUUACAUAAACUUGAUGAAGAGAUUUUGACAUUGACUGAUGAUGAGGAAGAGGUGAUGCAGGACAUAGAAGAAGCAGAUAAGUUUAUGCAGGAGAUUUACGACAAAUUAGUGAAGAUUGACUCCUGCCUUGCUGCUGUACCUGCAUCUAAGGAACCUGCCAGCAGUAUGAGCUAUAGUACUCAAGCCCGGUUGCCGAAGCUGAACUUGCCUAAAUUUUGUGGAGAUAUAACGGAAUGGGUCACUUUUUGGGAUCUGUAUCAAGCAGUCAUGCAUAAUAAUGAUCAGAUUUCAGAAGUUGAGAAGUUUACUUAUUUACAGACGCUUUUAACUAAGGAAGCGAAGGAUACUAUAGCCGGUCUUGCCUUAACUGCUGCCAAAUAUUCCGAAGCAAUUGCUUUGUUAGAAUCUCGAUCUGGCAACAAGGAGUAUCAUAUCCAAGCACAUGGAUACUCUUUAGCAUUGGAAUCUGUGUCAUGGCAAGGUAAUACCAUGGCCUUGAGAGCCUUAUAUGACAAGGUUAAAACUCGCGAGCCUUGA